AUGUUUCAACAGCUAUUCCUCGUGACCCUUGUCCAGGGCGUGUUUGGAGAAGGUAAAAUUAUUUUAAACCAUGCAGCAUCGCCAUAUUGCACUUGCCAAGUUUCUUUUUAAAACCUGAUUCCAGAUGCGAAAAAUAACCUUUCAUAUUAUAGUGAUUAAGAGCCAACUGCGGUUCAAACAGAACAACGACUACGUCUUCACAAAAACCCUCUUUGAAAACGUUGAGGUACAACACUUUUACUGGAAGAUUGCCUGGCGCACUUUUAUUUCCCAAUUAACCAAGUUUCUUUGCAGUAUAUGACAGUCGAUGGCAAGAAUAUUUCGAAGCCGGAAAAUGGUUCAAACUGUGUUGCACCCAAUGACUGCUGGCAAAUUAUCGAACGUAAGCUAUGUUUGCCCUAUUUUCCCUGCGUCCAAUUGGUCCAUUUGAAUAGCCGAAUAAGCAUGACUGACAGAUUGAAGGACGCAUUCACCAAAGUCCAACCUUCAUUUAAACGGACUCGCGUAUAUGGCCUACUCUGAACAGCACAUGAGCGAAGGAACGGCCUGCAAUACGGGUGGCUAUGGGCCCACUUCCACCAAAAUUAGUGUUUGACUAAGGUUUUGAUUUGGGGUUCUGUUAGGGAUUAGGUUUAAGGGCAGAUGUACAGUUGACUGAAAAGUAAGACUUGAUAAGUUUUUGAGCUACGAGAGUGACUAGGAUUUGCUAAAUAAUUUGGGAUUAGGGCGGAGUUAGUGCUGUUUUUUAAUAUUAGAUUUAGGAGGCGGAACAUUUAGCCGCUUCCGUAAAACCGUGCAGGAGCAGAAUAAGUAGCUAUUAAGACCCGUUCUGUUGGCUACAUAAGUCAGUUCCACCAAUAAGCUUCCCUAAUAUCCAAUUACAAACAAUUACAAUUUUGUAAUUUUUCCAAGAAAUUCGUGUGGGUGCAAUUUGAUUUGGGCGUCCGGUAAGUGCAAUUGAUUGGAAUAUGCUCACAUAACUCGCUUGAGAUACACCGCAGCGCAAAUUAUUAGGCAAAUGUCCGCUCAAUUUCUCUUUAUAAACCAAAUACUUAUGCGAGCCAGCUUAAAAUAUGGACCAAGUUGCUCGUUUUAUCUGCUUCCGACGAUGACCUGCGGAGCCAUAUUUGAAAAUAAGAAAUUGUGCGACUUUCUCAAAGACCUCAAUUAGCAACAAAUUCUAUCUCAUGAGAUGUAUUUUAUGAACACGGGCCACAUCAUUGCACUUGUAAUCAAAAGACCUCGUGUUCGGGCUAGGGGAUGUGUCAAGGCCGACUGCCGACGGCAACUAAGUCACUUGUGCGCUUUUCUCAAAAGCCUCAUUUGGCAACAGAUUAUAUCUCAUGGAACGGAUGUAUUUUAUGAGCCGGAAUAGGCAAUUGGACCUGUAAUCAAAUGAGCUCGUGUUGGCGCUUCAAGUGCCGGCAAAUCUGCGAUUGAUCAAGGCUGACUGGUGACGGCCACUAAGUCAGAAUUCGUAGAAAGUCACCCUACGACUUAAAUACUAAUCGUCCCGCCAUGGUAGGCACCGUAAUGUGAUCGGUGAACACCCACGUCAUCAGAGAUGUGUAUGCACACAAUCGAAAUAAAUAUGUUCCCCUAAUAUCCACGCUCUUAUAUUGUAAUUGAAUUCUCUUUCUUUGCAAGCCGGUAGAUACUUAAUUGCCAACGGCCACCUGAAGGGAACGCAUGCUGCAUUCACGGUUGAGCCAAUGGAUUUCCCCAACAGAAGCAAAAUUGUAGUUCAGUAUCAUAAACAUGGCACGCAAGCUAGUGAGUCCAGAAAAUUAUCCUUUUACCCUACCUGAUGAUACGUAAUUUACUUACGCAUGUUAAUUGGCUAUGUAGCCCGUGCAUUCAUUUGAGUUCUAAAACUAUUCAGGCCGUCCAGUGAACGGACAAAUUGCUUAAAUGAGCAUCAUGUUUAUUGCUAUUUCAGUUUAAUGGACAUACGUAAAGCAGCAGGUUUUCAGUACCAAGAUGAAUAAAACUGUUCCUUCUGAAACUUGAUAGGCUUUCCGGCUCAUGGAUUAACUGAAUUGCAUGUUACAUUUUCUCUUCUAGAUUCGAUGUCGACGAAUGAAUCACGUCCUGUCCUUACAAAAGAAAUUCUCAACAAUGAAAAAAUUAUUCACGUUCUGCUCUUUAGUACAGAUAUUCGGGUAUAUAUUUGAAUAUUGGAAAAAAAAUUCAUAAUAUGUGCGUUGUAAAAAGAACCUUUACGAUUGUCAUUAGAAGCUUGAGCUAAAGUUAUACUAUGAAACAUACCAACAGUUGAUUGCACGCAUCCCUACGUGUAAACGUCUAUACAUGCACAAUAAGCGCUUUCACAAAAGAGAUUUUAAUUACUUUUCAGAAUGUGAGCGUCAUGGGAAACAUUUCAACAAACAAAAUAGAUUUCAAUGUCAUAUCUCUGCUUGGGAAGACAGGUAAGCGUUAGUUUACACUGUUAUGCCACUCUUUGCAGGAUAUUUAAGCCUCAUCUGUUUUCCAUUCAGGAGUGUACGACAUUAGAGCUGUACUCUUUACUGGACAUUUGGAUACGACGCCACGGAUAGUGAAAAUAAGAUUUACGACCGGCAGAGAAGACCACAUUACAAUUACUCCCUCCAAUAAAACCGAGGCGACGGUGCCAAUGCUGACGUUCAUUGACUAUGUUCACGCCUUCAAGUUGAAUUAA